AUGUCUCUCUUCGUCCCCGUCGAUAAGCCGAAGUCUAAGUUGGCGCGGUACCGCCUAUUGGCGCCCACUGCCUCUGUUCGAGUUUCCCCAAUUUGCUUCGGUGGCAUGAACAUCGGAACAGCAUGGAACUCUUUCAUGGGCACCAUGGACAAAAAGACUAGUUUCGAGCUCCUAGACGCCUUCUACACUGCCGGCGGAAACUUCAUCGAUACUGCUAUAAACUACCAAGACGGGGAGUCCGAAAUGUGGAUUGGAGAAUGGAUGGAGGCUCGCAAGAAUCGUACCGAAAUGGUUAUUGCGACUAAAGCCACGACUGGAUAUCGUUAUCCGGAUCUAAAGAACGGCGGGGUGUACGUCAACACCGUUGGGAACUCUACGAAGAAUAUUCAUGAAAGUGUUAGAGUUAGUUUGGAGAGGUUGAAGACAGACUAUAUUGAUUUACUUUGGAUCCAUUGGUGGGAUUAUACGACUUCUGUGGAGGAGUUGAUGCAGACGCUUAAUGUGCUGGUGAGGCAAGGGAAGGUUUUGUACCUUGGAAUAUCGGAUACUCCUGCUUGGGUUGUUUCUAAAGCUAACGAAUACGCCCGCUCCCACGGCCUCCGACCCUUCAGCGUCUACCAAGGCCAAUGGUCUGCCGCAAACCGCGAGUUCGAACGUGAUAUAAUCCCCAUGUGCCGCGCCGAAGGCAUGGGAUUAUGUCCAUGGGGAGCCUUGGGGGGUGGAAACUUCCGUCUCCCCUCUGAACGCGAGGAAAUGGAGAAAUCCGGCGAUAAAGGUCGUUCAUGGCAAGGGUUUGACGGAUCACCCGCACAGAAGGCGGUUACUCCUGUUCUAGCAAAGAUUGCGAAGGAAAGAGGGUUGAGUAUUACGGGGGUUGCUUUGGCUUAUGUUUGUUCCAAGACGCCUUAUGUGGUCCCCAUUGCUGGUGGGAGGAAGGUGGCGCAUCUGGAGGAUAAUAUUAAGGCUAUUGGGGUCGUGCUGACGAAAGGGGAGAUUGAGGAGAUUGAAGCGGCUUAUGAGUUUUCGCUUGGGUUCCCGCAUGACUUUUUGGGAAAGAGGGGAGAGAGAGGGAAUGUGGGGCUUGAUAGUGUGGCUUGGUUGGAUUGGCCGGAAGGGGAGAGACCGAUUAGUAUUACAGAUCAUGAGUAG